UUUCCAUCCAAUGCACCUGAACAACCCUUGAGCUCUAGGAUCAAAAUUUGAAGGGAAAAUGGCGCUUCUUGUCGAUAAGCUACGGCCACGAUCCCUUGAUACCCUCUCAUACCACCCUGACCUUUCCGCACGAUUAAAGUCGUUGGCUCAAAGCCACGAUUUUCCGCAUCUCCUCGUGUAUGGUCCAUCCGGUGCAGGCAAGAAGACGCGCACAAUAGCAACACUGAAGGAAUUGUAUGGGCCUGGAGUGGAGAAAAUCAAGAUUGAUAAUCGGGUCUUCCAAACAACCAGCAACCGCAAGCUUGAGUUCAACAUUGUGUCUUCCGUUUAUCAUCUCGAGAUCACACCCUCAGAUGUCGGAACGUAUGAUCGCGUUGUUGUUCAAGAGUUGCUGAAGGAGAUUGCACAAACCCAGCAGGUUGAUCUUUCUGCGAAGCAGCGGUUCAAAGUUGUCGUUAUCAACGAGGCAGACCAUUUAACUCGCGAUGCACAAGCCGCUCUCAGACGGACCAUGGAGAAGUACAGCCCCAACCUGAGAUUGAUUCUCUUGGCCAACAGUACCUCGAAUAUCAUUGCUCCCAUCCGCUCCCGGACCCUGCUGGUCAGGGUUGCUGCUCCUUCUGAAGAGGAUAUAUGUAGAGUUCUCAGCAGCGCUGCGAAGAAGGAAGGUUGGACCGAUGCCCCGGGGCUGAACAAGCGGAUUGCCGUUGAGAGUGGGCGGAAUCUCCGCCGGGCACUACUGAUGUUUGAGGCCAUCUACGCCCAGAGUGAAAAAGUAACAGAUAGCACUCCAAUUCCUCCCCCAGACUGGGAGGCCCUUAUUUCUUUAGUUGCAGAAGAGAUUCUGGCAGAGAGGUCGCCAGCUCGAUUACUACAGGUUCGUGCACGGCUGUACGACCUCUUGACUCACUGCAUACCUCCUACCACCAUCAUCAAAACCUUGACAUUCAAACUCAUUGCAAAGGUGGACGACACACUAAAGCCCGAGGUAAUCAAAUGGUCUGCCUUUUACGAGCAUAGGAUCACACAGGGAAGCAAAGUGAUCUUCCACCUUGAAGCUUUUGUUGCUAAGUUUAUGCGCAUUUAUGAAAGUUACUUGAUGGGCAUGGACUUUUAGGUCACCAAUGUAUUAAUAGUCAAUGAUUAAUGAUUGCAUCUUGGACCUUUUUCUCUCUAGGCUUUGUGCUGUAUUAAUUAGCACGUCUAUAAGAGUUUGUAUCUAUAACUGUAACAUGCCAUCCUAAAUACGCAAGUAUUUACUAUACCAGGCUAUAUCUUUAAACAUGCUGCACUUAAUAGUCUCAACAGAUUUGCUAUUAUGAAUCUAGAUAGAGGUGGAAUAUCUCUGGUGACUAACUAUAUAUAAUAUCAGGAAAUACAUGUGC